AUGUUCACUCAAAUGUACAUUCCGCUGAUUCUCAUACGUGUAGAUGCUAAUCCCGAGCUCGUUCUUCGAAGUCAUGCCGAGAAGGAGUUGGCGUGGAUCCGCAAAUACGGACGGCCGCGACACCCAUUCUAUCGCGAAUACGCUGAGUCAUUUGGAUACAAAAAGCAAGACCCUCAAGACCACGUUCAAUCGCUAGGAGAUUACAUGCGCCUCGUACCUCACCUUGUACCUAAAGACGCGACAGUGCAUUCGCCCACCCUCCGGCAUCCAGAUCUCUCUCCUAAUAACAUCCUUGUAUCUGACGAUCUUCAAAUCACCGGCUUCAUCGACUGGCAGCACUCCGAAGUUCUCCCCGCUUUCCUCGCCGCGGACAUACCAGCGGCAUUUGCAAACUACGCAGACGAAGAGUCUCGAAGCUUUACGGAGCCCAAACUACCGGAGAAUCUUUGUUUCAUGGCUGAAAAUGAGCGUGCUGAGGCAGAAGAACUAUAUCGCCGACGACACAUACAUUUCUGGUACCUUGGCCUGACUCAGGUGCUGAACAAGCCUCAUUGGCAGGCUUGUACACACGACGGAACUUUCAUGACACGUCAGGUAUUUUGCGAUGCCGGCGCUCCGUGGGAAGGUGACAAUACUCAUCUCCAGAUCGGUAUCGCAGAUGUUGUGGAGGAAUGGCCAGUGUUUGCAUCUGCCGCCGCAGACGGUACGGUUCCGCCAUGCCCCAUCGUCAUAUCCAAGCAAGAGAUGCAGAGAAGAGCAGAUAUGCGGAAAUCACUGCACGAAGGCAAUAUGUUUAGGGAAGAAUUAUGCGAGAAAAUGGGUGUAUCCCAUAGCGGAUACACAUCGCACGAAGACUUUGACUUAGCGAAAGAAAAAGCAAGCAAGGCAAAGGAAUGCAUAGUGGACAACCUGAAAGACGACCCGGAGGAACUGGAAAGAGCCUUACUUACUUGGCCUUUUGAUGACUAUGACGAGAAUGAAUAA